AUCAGGAGAAGCAGCCUCGCGCCACUGCUUACUCUUCAGCUGCAUUAGCGAGCGCGAGGUUACCGAGUGGACUGUCUUACACAUACACACACAUACACACAUACGCGCGCGCGCGCCUGCAGACCCCCACACAGGCGAAAUAGAUGGAAUUAUGACUAUGGAAUACCGCUGGGUACUGCUGAGUGUCCUGUUGCAGUUUGUCUUCCGACCAGGCAGUACCAGUCUCACGAUCUUCCCGGACGGGCCCGAGCUCGCUGUGCCGUUGAACGGCAGAUUUGACCUGAGCUGCCAGAGCGACGGGCCAGUGCGGUGGCAACGAGAGGAUCGUCCAGGACGGACUCUGAAAGAGGAGCAUAGGGAGGGCAACAUGUCAGUCAUCCAUGUGACCAGAGCAAGGUUAAUCAACAUGGGCAGAUAUGUGUGCCAGGAGGAGCAUUCAGGAGAGAAGAGCUCCAUCUAUGUGUUUGUUCAAGCCUUCCUCUCAGCAGAUCCUGACAACCCCUUCAGGAAGUCCAUUAUACCAGACAUUAUGGCGGGGGCAGGUGACACCGCUUCCAUCCCGUGCCUGGCUACAGACCCCAGCAUGAUUGACUUGAAAUUGGAAACUUGUGAUGGGAAGCCCCUGCCUGCUGGGAUGAGGUACACUGCCAGCACUGAGACGGGCAUCACCCUGAGGGACGUCCAGCCUGCCUACGAAGGAUGCUAUGUAUGCCUAGGAUCCCUAAAAGGAGAGGCAGUCAGAUCUGUGAGAUAUCAACUUAAUGUGCGAUUGGUUCCAGACGCACCCCCACAUAUUACACUCCAUGAGCCCAGCAGAGUGCUUCUGACCCAGGGCCAGAAACUCAGCCUCACCUGCUCCACCUCCAACGUCAAUAGUGACAUCAAGAUCAGCUGGAUCCCGCCAACCGGAGUGGUUCCGUUGAUGCAGCAAACGUCUCGUCUUUUGACGGAGCCCAUCUCACAUGAACGCACAGCCACCCUUCAAAUAGGGGCUGUGACAUUGCAUGACUCUGGAAGCUACCGCUGUGAAGCUCAAAACUACAGGGGGAUCAGCAACGAGACAGUCUGGGUCAAUGUCUUCAGUAAAGGAUUCAUUAACCUGACCCGUGUUGUAAAUGGGACAUGGAGGGUGCGAGAAGGAGAGAGUCUAUCACUGCGUGUGGGCAUGGAGGCCUACCCCAAACCACACACCUUCUCCUGGAGCUACAACAGACAACGUCUUACCAACACAACUGACCACGUCAUCACCACACACUCACACGCACACCACAGUUAUAGCUGUGAAUUGAAGCUGGUGCGUUUAAAAGUAUCAGAGAGCGGAGUCUACACCUUUAUGUCCGCAAAUGGCGACGCAACAGUCCACCAAAUGUUUGAAGUUCAUGUCAUAAGUAAGCCAGCAAUUGUGUCUCAUGAAGGACCGGUUGAUGGACAAGUGCGGUGUGUGGCCGAGGGUUAUCCCACGCCUCAGAUCACAUGGUAUUACUGUGACCAACCGUAUGCCAGGUGUUCCAAUUUGUUGAACGCCACCCAAGAGGAGGAGGAUGUCGUCACAGUAACCAUGAACAACCCGCCCUUUGGGAAGGGAGCAGUGGAGAGUCGGCUAAACAUCACCAAGAGCAAUUACCCCACCCUGGAGUGCGUGGCUUCAGCUGACGGCGAAAUCGUCUACACAUUGUUCUCCAUCAGUGAGCGCUCUGUUCAUCAAGAACUCUUCACUCCUUUGCUCAUUGGUUUUGUUGCAGCAGCAGCAAUCCUCUGCCUCAUCCUGUUCGUUCUCACCUACAAGUACUUGCAGAAACCUAAGUACCAGAUUCAGUGGAAAGUCAUUGAGGGAAUCCAUGGCAACAAUUAUGUGUAUAUUGAUCCUACCCAGCUUCCAUAUGACCACCAGUGGGAGUUUCCCAGAGACAAGCUGCGAUUCGGGAAAACUCUGGGCUCGGGAGCAUUUGGAAAGGUGGUGGAGGCCACAGCCUACGGAAUGUCCAAGGCAGACACAGUGAUGACCGUGGCUGUCAAAAUGCUGAAACCGAGUGCCCAUGCCACUGAGAAAGAGGCUCUGAUGUCAGAACUGAAGGUGCUCAGUUACCUUGGCAACCACAUAAACAUUGUCAACUUACUGGGGGCCUGCACUGUUGGAGGUCCAACUCUGGUGAUAACUGAAUACUGUUGCUUUGGUGACCUGCUGAACUUCCUGCGCAGAAAGCGCGAGUCCUUCUACUGCUCCGGACUGGGAGAGGACUGUUACUAUAGAAACAUCAUGCUACAGCCAGAUGAAGGUAGAAAUGGUUAUAUGACCAUGAGACCUUCAGUUAUGGGAGUUCUGUCUGCUGAGAAACAGCGUUCAACCCAUAAAGGCUCAUACAGUGACUGUGAUGUGGUCAGUGAGGUCCUGCAGGAAGAUGGUUUGGCUCUGGACACUGAAGACCUCCUAAGCUUCUCCUAUCAAGUCGCCAAAGGGAUGGACUUCCUGGCAUCCAAAAACUGUAUCCACAGAGACCUGGCAGCCAGAAAUAUUCUCCUCACCCAAGGUAGAGUGGCCAAGAUCUGCGACUUUGGACUUGCCCGUGACAUCACUACCGACUCCAACUAUGUGGUAAAGGGCAAUGCCCGUCUCCCAGUGAAGUGGAUGUCUCCCGAGAGCAUCUUUGAGUGUGUGUACACGUUCGAGAGUGACGUCUGGUCUUACGGCAUCUUACUGUGGGAGAUUUUCUCUCUGGGGAGCAGUCCUUAUCCAGGUAUGCCUGUGGACUCCAGAUUCUACAAAAUGAUCAAGGAAGGCUACCGAAUGGAUUCGCCCGAGUUUGCCCCAAGUGAAAUGUAUGAAAUCAUGCAAUCGUGUUGGGAUGCAGAACCCUUCAAGAGGCCGUCUUUUGGCAAGAUAGUGGAGAAGAUUGAACAGCAAAUCUCAGACAGCACCAAACAUAUCUAUCUGAACUUCAGCUCCAGGUUGCCCAUAAUGACAGGGCCCCAUGAGGACAUCAGCUCUCAACACCCGCUCGUCAACUCAGCUGGAAGUAGCCACAGUGCUCCCACCCAGCCUCUACUGACCAGUGACGAUGUCUACCUAGAGGGGACAGCUUCCACGCAGCAACGAGUCUGAAGAACCCCACCGAAACCCUCCUCCAGUGCAUGCUGAUGUGUCCAGAUCUGUAUUGGUCACCCACUGAGACUUCACAGCCUUCAGUCAGACCCAGGGAGCAUGCAAGGACUCGAGUGGAACGACUGAAACCCUGACUCAGUUUUUAGGGCAGAAAGCAGUCACAUCAUCUUCACACUCUCUUCUCUAACCAGUGUACAUAGUGCCCCCCGCCAGAAAGGGGGUGGACAGCUUUCGACCUUUUUCCCAUUCCUUUGACGCAGCAGGAUCAUGGGACUUGGAGUUUUAGAGAGAGUUUUACAUUUUCCUAUGUUCUUUGAUAUUCUGCUAGAGCUAACACUGUGGCACCUUCACUUCUGCUCCAUGGACUUAACCUGGUCUUUCAUGGUACGGUUCUUAACUUCAUAAAGGUACUGGGUAACAGAGAUUUUCAUGUGUAAAAUUUUGUGCAGUCAGAAUUUUAAGUUAUGGAUUGUAUGACUUUAUUCUUGAUUAUUAGGACUUGGUCAGAGAGGCACAUUGAAAGAUGAUCCGUGGUUUUGAGGUAUGUUCUCAACCAUCACUAUGUAUUUUCAAGAUGUUUUCUUUUAGCUUCAAACUGGACUUUUGCUUUACCUUUUCAAAAAGACAUGUUUGCGCUGUGUUCAGUAUAAUGGCUGUGGGCAGCUUUAGCACACUGUCUCAGUAUUAGUCAGCUACAUGUAUUUGACUAUUAUCAGUACAGUUUUGUUAUUGUUCUUGGCCGAUAUUCAAAUAGCAAGGUGAAGUAGAUGUUAUUUUCCUCUCUUAAGCCUAUCUACAGUUUCGGUGGCUGUUAUUAAUAGCUUUACAAAGACACAAUAGCUACAUAAACCAAAUAUUAAUGGCUCAUUUCACUCACAUAAUUCCUUCAUUUAUCAAGUAGUCAUUCGUUUGUUAGCUAAUUCUUCUGUUGUUCCUGUAGUUAUAAUGUAAUGACAAUGUUUUCUUUUUACUCUGGACUUUAUGUCUGCUACUUCUGGUGUCUGUUACCAUUAACUUCUAUUUCUUAUUCUCAAUAUUACUUUCAUUCAACCAGUAUGAGGUGCAUCUCAGUGUGCUGAAGUGCAAGAUACGCUAAAGGUCUUUUGCCCUUUGUUUACUUUAAGAAUUCUCUAUGUUGAAUAACAUUUCAGCUUUAAAUUCAGUAUUAUGCUUGGUUUGUUUUAUUGAAGGAUUUUGUCAAGUAUUUUAUAAACCAAAUUCGACACGGUUCUUUGGGCCACCCAAAGACAACGUAGUAGUCGCAAACUGGAGGAGUCAUCAGACUCUAAAUAGGGUUCUAAGUAGGCUUGUGUUUGAAAGAUCAGUUCACAUUCUACUUGAAACAUAUCAAGUUCUCAUCCACUUACCUGUGUGUAGAGGUGGCUGAAUGGUCAAAACCCUACUGUGCAUAUGAAUCUUAUACACCUUCGGAUACAUUUAGGUAGCUCUGCGUCAACUUCAGUCUUAGUUGAGGAGCGAAGUAGCUUUUGUAGCAGUAGUCAUUUUGUCAACAGCAGACAGUUGAGAGAGUGAUGAAGAGCUGGAAUAAUAUGUUUUUGUACAUUUGUACAAUUCUAUUUUUUUGCUAAAGCUUGUUGCUGUAAGGUAUUGUAUUGUAUCUUAUGCUAUCUGUUUGUACAUAAAGCAGUCUCAGUUUUUUUGUCAUCAUGAACAAGUGUCUCGAGAAUCUUCGCUCAAGAUUAAUUAUUAAGGUCAGGACAUUAGGGUUAGGCUUAGAGUUAGAGAUGUUCCUGGGCGUUUGACAAAAGCAAAGUUGAACUUUUUUUCACAGUUCUCAGCAAUCAAUGUUCAGACCUUUUACACUUUUUUUUCAUAAAACACCAACUAUUGUGCCUCACAGUUAAACCUUAGUGUAGAACUUUGCUCUUUUGCCAAUGAGAAUCGAGCUGUUGAAGAAGGAGCCAAUAGAAAGCUACUGCUGCUUUAGAAUCGGGUGCCAAUGGAGUGCGUGCUUUCCGUUGGAGACGUCCAGUGGGAGACAUCUCAGUGGAUGUGUCAACGUAUGGGUAGCUGUUCUGAAAGAGAGCCAAUGAGAGGAUUUCUUGGCGAAGGUGUAGCUAAUGGGAUUCUCAUUCCUUGUUGACCUUCCAAUGGGCAAAGAGCAGACUCACAUUAGAGACUGAGGGUCAAAGGAAUCUUAAAGGAAUACACCAACAUUUUCUGCUGCACCUGUUCGUUACACAAGCAGUUAACACAGGCUGUAAUUUUGUUUCCCUGUACUUAGAAAAAGAACAGAAGAAUGUGUUGACUCGUGUAAUAGAGGCCUGUGGGCAGGUGAUAAAGCAGCUGCCCAUUAGCUUCUGUUUUAAGAGGUUUUUCUCACUACAGGGAAAUGCCUAAAUUCUUAUCAGUGGGAACUGAGUGUAUGAGAAAGAUGCAGCAGAGCGAGAUUAGGUUGACAAGCGCUGAAGUAUUCACUUAAGAUAAUGAGCUACAGACUGAGUGAUUCAGACUAUGUCCUGACAACCGUUACAUCAGUAGUCAGGACACCUGGUCAGUAGCCAGUUUCCCAGCUCUCUCUCUCUUUCUCUCCUUCUCUGUUCUUUGUGUCCAGCUGCUUCCUCCGGCGGAAGUGUCACCUCCAGGGCGGCUGAUCUGGGGAGUCCCAGCCUCGCUCUCUCUCUCUCCCACACUUCCCUCUCUCUCCCUCUUCCCAUACUGCGACAUUGUUCAGAGGGGGCAUCUGGCUGAAGCUGCUGUCUGUGCUUGUGUGUGCGCAUGUGUCCUUGUGCGUGUGGUCGGUGUAGCCUAAAUGCAGGUCAUUUUUGGUGAUAAGAGCACUGAUGGUUCCUCCAAUAGAGCCGCUAUCCUUUAACGACCGCUUUGUCAAACACACUGUACGCCACAAACUGACGUUCAGCCACCGGUUUGUGGGUAUAACGGCACUCCCCUCACACCUUCACUUGCUCUAUGUAGAUAAUAUUUGUAAAUGAUACCGUCAUUCGUCUUUUUUUGUUUUGUUUUUUUUAGGGCAAUGUGGUACGUUCUGGCUUAUGCUGUAAACUUUAAGUGCGGCUCUUUUUUUUUCAUUGUGGAAGUUUUCAUACUCUUUCAUACUCACUUUAUCCAUCGCAUAGAAGUUACUCUACCAGUUCUUCGUCUUUGUCAUGGUUCUUACUUAAGAGUUUAAUUGCCUGUAGCAAGUAUACUUCAGUACACAUCUGGUACAGCUGGUAUAUAUUUUACAUCUUAUCACAUGUACACCUAUGUAACUUGGACAUAUGGUCAUGAAGCUUGAUAAUGAAACCGUAUUCUCAUGCAUGGAUUAUCUCACUAGGUCUGUUUUCGGACUAAUGACAAUAGAGGUAUUUUUGCCCCUUGAAGAGAAGGUUCGUUCUGUGCAUUUCAUUAUUGUAUAUUUAUUUUACAAUUUAUAUUUUACAAAAAACAUUUGAAAAGUUGUAUUGUGUAAAACCUGUCUUGUGUGUCUGUCAUGUCUUAUUACUAUACACUGUAAAUAAACAACUGAAAUGUAA